UAACAAUCGAUGUUUUCGAUUAAUCAAUGUAUCGUUGCCAUCCCUAUGUGGCGGUGGUUCGCCACAAAUCACAAUCUUAAUAGUUAAUAUCGGUAACAGUAGUUUUACGUACUACACACGAUACAUAAUGGAAAAUUUAUACCACCAGACGAAUAGGUUGAUAUUAGAAACUCAAGAGUUAUUCCAUAGAUUGGAGAGUUCGAAAUCCGAACUGGUCGAAGCAGAUGUUCAAUCCAGAAUAUUAACCAUUUCACAAAAUUGUGAACACUUAGACAUUCUCGUGCACAAAGAACCUGUUUCCAGGCGCAACAAUGCCAAACUACGUGUAGAUCAACUCAAAUACGAUUAUCAGCACUUGCAGUCCGCAUUAAGAACACAUCAACAAAAUCAGCUGAGGAGAUUGAGAGCUGAGCAGGAACGUGAAGAACUGUUAAAUCGUCGGUUUACUAGAAAUUCAGACAUGAACGAUACAACAAUAUUAAUCGAUAGUUCAAUCCAACAUCAAAAUUCAUUACAAGGAGCAAAUCGAGGAGUUGAUGAUUUAUUAGGAUCUGGUGUCAGUAUACUACAAAGUUUGCGUGAACAACGUGAUCGACUAACGAGCACCCGAAAUCGUUUGACUGGAAUUUUUGGUUCGCUUAGACUUUCCAAUACAACUAUGAAAUACAUUGAAAAGAGAUUAAAAGAAGAUAGGUAUAUACUAUAUGGCGGAAUGGCCAUCACAAUUCUCAUUAUAAUUAUAGUAAUGAUAUAUUUCAGUUAAUGAUCAUGGAUCAAAUAAAGUUAAUUUUUCAUUAAUCUAACAGUUAAAUGUUACUGUUUACUAAAUUACUUUUGUACAUACCUAAAAUAUUUUUUAACUGUUUUAUUUAUUGGCAAUAAAAUUUUGAUGUUUAUUAACUGUUA